GUAAGUGUUGCUCUGGUGUGACAGCUAACCGCGAAAGAAGAGUCCAACAACCGUUUUCUUCCAAAAAUAUUAAUGUCUCCUUGGAAUCUGAUAUCAGUUAAAACUGGGAAGGAGUAGGGGGAUUGAUCAGUCAUAUGCCAGAUGAUAUUCGACGGUAUAAGAUGCGAACCCAGCCAGCGGAAAGGGGAAACAAAGAGCUUAGUAUUUGUUGUUACUGCGUCACAUGCAACCCUCUUUUGAUGUGUCAAAUUUUUUAGAUCACUGGUUCUUUCACCUGAUGUUUGGAACAAUUACGCUGUGCCUUGGUGAAGUAAUCUGUUGUGCACCUGUUAUUAGUAUUUCAGCUUCAUUUAGUUCUCAGUCAAGUUCUGGCAAUGGGAGGGAAUUACUAGUGCAGCACUUGCUUAUCAAGGAAAACGACCUCAAUCUUCUGCUAGAGCUUCAGCAAAAGAUUUCAGCAGGAGAGGAUCUGAGUGACCUUGCAGUUGAAUACUCAAUUUGUCCAUCGAAAGAACAGGGCGGAAUGCUAGGGUGGGUGAGAAAGGGGCAGAUGGUGCCAGAAUUUGAGGAGGCUGCGUUUAGUGCGCCUAUAAACAAAGUCAUAAAAUGCAAGACUAAAUUUGGAUGGCAUUUAUUGCAAGUUCUUUCUGAGAGGGAAGAGUCAGUUCUUCAAGACAUACAACCCAAUGAGCUUCAUGUCAAAAUGCACGACCCAAGUUUCCCUGAAGAAGCUCAACUCAUUGAUGUUCGAGAGCCUGAUGAAGUGGCCAAGGCUUCUUUGCCUGGUUUCCAAGUUUUUCCUCUUCGUCAGUUUGGCAGCUGGGGACCAGAAAUUACUACAAAGUUAGAUACUGAGAAGGAUACUUAUGUAAUGUGUCACCAUGGAAUGCGGUCAUUACAAGUAGCCAACUGGUUGCAGACACAGGGGUUUAAGCGAGUAUUCAACGUGUCUGGGGGAAUUCAUGAGUAUGCUGUCAAGGCUGAUCCAUCAAUCCCAACUUACUGAAAUUGUUGCCACCCAUCGAACAUAAUUUUGUUCGAUUCGUUGGUUCGUGGUGAUAACGUAUUCGAUGUUGUUGUACAAGCUUCAGUAGAAUUUUGUAGUGCUUAGAUUGUGGUUUCCUGAAGUUGCUUUAUCUUCCUUUUAGUCGGGGUGCCGUUCUCUUGCUGUCUGAGAUUUAUUUGGCUAUCAGAAUGUUCUGCCAGUGUUGUUUGGGCAAAACUUUGGU